AGAUCGAACUAUAAAAGCGGUUUCAGCCCCAGCAGAUGUCAGUUAGUUUCGUUUCAAGCGUUGCUUAGAUCACAACAUCAAAAGUUAACAUGAAGUUCGCCGUUGUCGUAGUCUUGUUUGCUUUGGCCUAUGGAGCCCACAGUUCGGUGGUUCCUCUCUUGACCGCUGCCCAUGGAGGUUUGAUUGUCGGUGCCCCCGCCGUCGCCGGUUCAGUGGCCAUUCAGGCUUCUGCUGUGCCAGCUGCUGUUCCCCUUGCCCUCUCCCCGGCUGGUCCUUUGUUGGUUCAGUCAAGCGCUGGUGUGGUUACUGCCCAUGCUGCCGGCCCCACCAUCAUUGCCGGUCCAGGCCCAGCCAUUGUUUCUGCUCAUGCUCCCGCUAUUGUGGCUGCCCCAGCUCCUGUUGUGGCUAUUGCCGCUCCUGCUGCCAGCUAUGUGGCCAAGACCCGUGGCGCUGUUCAUGUGGCUCCUCUGCCCGGACAUAUCCAAUCGGCCGCAUCUGUCAACUUGGAACCCGCACCAGGCACCUUGUAAAUCAACAUCAACGAAUCAGCCAACCAAAUGGAUUUAAAUCUCUGGACCCCACGACCCCUUCUACAAGCUUUCAUUUUCCUAAUCGCUGCCAGUUGAACGAUCUAUUAAGGAGAGUUGACAUCUCUCUUCCAACCACGCUUUCCAUGCAAUCUAAGUCAUCCCCACUAUACAACUAUCCUUUCUAUUGUCUUUUACUUUUUUGUUGCCCCUUGGAAAAAUUGUUUCAAAAUA